AUUUCUGAACUGGUGCAGUGCCGGUUCAUCUCCACUGAUGGUGUGCAGAACAAGGGGGACUUAAAGAGAAUAACUUCUCCAACCAACAAAUUAACAUUGACAUCAUUUGAAACCCAAACGAAAAAAUCCUGCAUCAUGAGCUUCGACCCUUUCAUCUCUUCUUCAUUCUCCCGACGAUGGGAUGACUCCCCCACCACCUACCGCUUCUCCCGGGGACCCCUUUCUUUCUCUGGUUGGUCGGGGCGCUCGCAGCCCCAGCAGCGCUGGGAGCAAACCGACCUUAGUCAGGUGAGUGUAGUCAAUGCAGAGCUGCUGGAGCUACGAGGCCAAGAGAGAGAGCAGCUGGUGGGUCUAAACAACCGCUUUGCGUCCUACAUCGAAAAAGUACGGCACCUUGAGCAUCAAAACCGAGCCCUGCUUAUGCAGUUAGAAGCCCUGCGGCGCAAGCAAAACCAACCGUCUCGCAUUCAACAGCUCUACCUGCAGGAGGUGAGGGGCCUCAGGGAGCAGCUGCACCAGGAGGUGCAGAAUAAAGCGUGCAUGGAGGCGCAAAGGGAGCAGUUGCGGGAGAAGCAUGCACAGUUGCACGAGCGCUGGGAGGAAGAGGUGCAACAGCGUAGGCUGACAGAGGAGGACCUGCAGAGGUUGAGGGUGGAAGCAGGCAGGAUUGCGCUGGACAGCUGUGAUGCGGAGGCCAGUGUGGUGUCCCUGGCACAGGAGUUGAUGUUCCUGAAACAAGUGUUUGCGGAGGAGCAGGAGGGGUUGAGGGUGCAGCUACAGGUCGCCAGCCUCAGCGUGGAGCUGGACACAAGUAGACCGGACCUGUCGGCUGCUCUGAGAGAGAUCCGAGCGCAGUAUGAGAACCUGGCCGGACAUAACAUGCAGACGGCUGAGGCCUGGUACCGGGGAAAGGUGGCGAGCGUGGUGGAGCUGACGGAUAAGCAAGAGGAGGCUGUGCGCUUGGUGCGUGAGGAGACCGCUGAGUACCGACGGCUGCUGCAGUCUCGUUCAGCUGAGGUUGAAGCGCUGAGGAACGCCAUCGAUUUAUUGAAUGUACAACUAGGUGAACUAGAGGAGACGCAGACCAUUGGAGUUACCAGUUACCAGGAGAAAAUAAAUGGCCUGGAGAGGGAUAUUUCUGAUGCGAAAGAAGAAAUGUCACGCUAUUUGAGGGAGUAUCAAGAUCUGCUUAAUGUGAAGAUGGCUUUGGAUGUUGAGAUUGCAGCUUACAGGAAACUUCUGGAGGGAGAAGAAAUUCGAUUGACUUAUUCCACCAUCCCAGGCCUGGCUUAAACAGCAGAUAGCCCCAGAGGAACCUCCACACCUCCUGAACCCCGAAAUUACCCUCUCAUCACACUGUGAACAUCCAUGUGCCAAACCCAACCAUUUAUGUUCAUUACAUCUACGAUCCCAAAAUAUUAAUAUUCACCCACACUAGGUUUGUUUUCCCAAAAACCAUCCUACUAACCUGGGACCAUUACACAAAUCCCUAUGUGCCAAAUCCACAUCCCUUUGCAUUUUAAUCCAACCCUGACGCAAACAUAAAACUAUACAUAUCAUUGCUUUAAAGACAAACGCGCCCUUGUGUAACACAAGAGGUUCACACAAAGAUGUCCCCCUUCUUCUAUACACUCUAGAGUUUAAACAUGGAGACUGUUGAAGGCAGCACUCGCUCCGCCAGAGCUCAGUGUCCUGUUGGCAGAUUCUUAAAUUCACAAUGGUUUGAUUUAUAGAACAGUAUGUAAUCUAUUGUACUGCAAGUCAUUCCAUUAGCUAAUUCUCAAUAAAUUGUUUAUAUUAGCAUCCCAACACCCAUUGAUCAACUGAUUAGCCAGUGAUCCCCUGUAUGCAGACUUUUAACCAAUUGUUUGUAGAGGUGGAUUGUUAAAUUUAAUCUUGCUUUGGGUGCUUGGCAGUAAAUUGAGCUUUAGGCCAAGAAUCAGCCAACAGGAUAUCUGUAGUUCCUCGGCUUUUCAGUAGAAAAUGCAUCAGCUGUUCAUUUAUUGUUUGCAUUUUCGAUUUCCUUUUAAUGUAGAAGCUGUUUAUUUGCUUAGUGUCUGUUUUCUGCUUCUCACGUUGUUUGUUUUGUUUGACAAAUUUACUAUUAUUUUGGCAUAACCUUUACACUGUGUUUGUUGUGAUAAAGCAUGACAUUCUGGAGUAGACAACUACAAGCUCUAAAACUAGAGUGGAUUUGUGGUAGAAAACAAAUAUCAUGUUCUUAUCUGCUGUCUAGAUUUUUAUGUUGCCGAGUUAUCAGUUUUUUGGAAAGUGAACAAGAAACCGAGUCUGUCUAUCAUGGCAGUCUCUGACAUCAUUGGUGCUAUAUGUUGCACCUAAAUACAUAAUAAUGAAUAAAGAAAAUACAAUGAUAAUAGCUUAAA